CAAUACAUGUGCUAAACCCAAAUGGAACUGGCGUCCUCCUCAUUUACGGACCAAGCCGACACCUUGUUCUUUCUCUAUAUGAAGCCCGUGUCAACUACACUGGGGACCUGUCGGCGGGGCUUGUGUCCUUUGAUAUGAGCAAUGUAAGCAGGUCUGACGCUGGGACUUACACGUGUGGUAACGGAAGAAUGACUGAUAUCAUUCCGAACUGUGGACAGACGCUCAUUGUACUAGGUGAGCCGACCAAGCCAGUCAUAUCACUUCAAUCUACUCCCGUGGUUGGCAGGAACGUCACAAUGACGUGCUCAUCUACAUCUACAACACUACCUGCAGAUCAUGGACUGACCUUCACCUACACCUGGAAGAUAGAUGGUCUCAACAUUACCUCGUCAGAUGGCGCUAGUCUUACAGUUCCGGUUGAGAGUCAUGGCCCACAAGGUAUCACCUGUCACGUGACAGAGGAUAAGGGCCUGGGAAGAGACAGUGACGUUCUGAUGUUAACUCCUGACUCACCGCUUUCUGUACCGGAGAACUUCCAGUGUCAAAACAAAGCCGGCAGCUACAUCCUUCAGUGGACACCGGGUGGUGAUGAUGAGACAAGAGGUGUAGGGUUCCUGGUGGAACAAAGACUGCCACAGGCUAACUGGACCACAGUCUCCGCCACUGUUGAAAGUGAUGGUAUGAUGAGACAGGUGCAGCUACCUUAAACUGGAGACAGGACCGCCUUCUUCAGGCUCUAUGCUACAGAGGGUGCUGCAAGGACGUCCCCAGUGACAGCGUCAUGUACAGCAUUCACUGUUGCAGUCGACAAUGGUGAGCUAUCGUUCGGGGCAGGUGUGGGCGUUGGCCUUGCUGUUUCAGUAGCUGCUGCAGCAGUGUGCCUGGCCGUAGUUUGUAUCUGCAGAAAGAAGCGACUGUCACUAAGGAAUG